AUGACCAGCCGGCACCAAGGACACAGGUAUCAGCGACUGUUUCCUAAAAAGGCUCCUCGGAUCGUCACUCUCUCCUUACUUCUUGCCCUCCUUGUCCCUGUUGGUUUGCUCACACUGAGUCUCAUAACCUUUCUCUCUUCGUCCUAUUCUCGACCUUGCCUCCCGUUCUCCCUUCAGCGAAUCUCAACUUCAGGUCAUAGGCUUCUGUCCUGCUCUUCCAUACCAGCCCCUUCUAGAGCAGGAUUCGAGUCUGUUGAGACGAUGGGAGAGGCGUCGCAUAUCCUCAAUGGAGCUGGAGGUGAAUCUGGCAAUGUUGAUCCGGCGAGUGCAGAAGCUGGUGCUGGGAGAUUUGCUGGAUUCCUACAGAGCCAAAAGGAGGCGUUCAUGGAUGAUCUACGCAAGAGCAACUUGAAUGGCUGGACGAUAGCCAUGGGUAAUGAAGCUGGAGACCUUGACUCGCUAGCAUCGUCCAUUGGAUUCGCCUACCUUUCGCAGACGCUGAAAGCUGAACGAUCUAUACCUCUCAAUCUCACUCCCUCUUCCCUCAUGCGCUUAAGACCAGAGAACCUCUUAGCAUUCCAAAAUGCUCGCAUACCGCUGUCUACCCUCUUUCACCUAGAAUCCAUCCCGGACCCCUCUACCCUCGUGAGGCUCGGCGCUAAAUUCGCGCUGGUCGACCAUAAUCGACUGCUCCCCGCUUUCAGUCAUCCUGAUCUGACAGACCCCGUCGUGGCUAUCAUAGACCACCACGAGGACGAGCAUCAACAUUCUUCAGCCCUCAUCCGAGAGAUUGUCGUACCUACUGGAAGUUGCGCUUCUCUCGUUACUCGUCACUUUGAGCCAUGGUGGACAAAGUCAUCUUCUUCACCGGCUGGACCGGCAGGCUCCCCCAUUCCUCCGGAGCUCCCGACGUUCCUGUUGAGUGCCAUCCUCAUCGACACGGCGGGUCUGAAAGCGGGUGGUAAAGCCACUCAAAACGAUACAGACGCAGCUGCGUUCUUGUACCCGCUGUCAACUUUGGCCAGCUCCUCAAGCUCGUCAGAGACGGCAGCAGAAACCCUGAACGAAGCGUCACCCAUUGCAGCUUUGACGACGCAGCUCCAAGACGCCAAAUUCAAUGUCUCAGACAUGUCAACCAACGAUCUUCUCCUGAGAGAUUACAAGCAAUAUACUCUUCCAAGUGCGUCUAGUGACUUUCCUAUACUACAAGUUGGAGUGUCGACUGUUCCUCUCGGGCUCAAACCCUGGCUCGAACGUGAUGGUGGAUGGAACAGGCUUCUACAGGGCGUGGACGAGGAAAUGAUCCAGAAAAAUCUCGACAUCGAAGGUGUCCUGACAUCGUACAACAACAAGAACGGCAAGCACCGCAGGGAACUGCUGCUGGUCGUGCGGACUGGAGGGGCGGUAAAGGACGCCAAUACUGCCAAGAGGAUGGUUCAAGACCUGACGUUAGGUCUGGAGGGAAGUGUAGAGAUUGAGCUCAAGUCGUGGGACAAGACGUCCGCACUAUUCAGUAAAGACGGCGAGCUAGACACCUCGUUUCGCGUUGCCAGGGUUUGGAAACAGGGCAAUGCUAAGGCGACAAGGAAGCAAGUGGCCCCAUUACUGAGGGAUCUUAUUGCCAAAUUACAUUAA